AUGUCAUCAUCAUCAUCAUCGAUAUGUUCCGGUUAUCGUUACCAAAAUCAGAAGCCAUUCUUGAUGUUUCAAAAACCGCUUCAAUUCACCUGGUUUAGCACAGCACUCAAAAAUAUAAAAGAAACGAACGAUGAUGGCUCUAAAGAUGAAAAAGAAAUGGAAGUAAAUCGUACGGUAGCUACCGUAUCAUCAUCAUCAUCCACUGAUAAUAGUAAAUGUCCUGGUUCUGUAAUGGAAUUAAAAUUAAAUAAUGAACAAUCAGAAUUAGUCAGAAAUGGAAAUGAAUUGAAAUUGAAUGAGAGAGAUUUACUCACUGAUCAAAAUGUUAGCUUAAUGAGCAAAAGCUGUAACAAUAAGGCAAAUUUGGAAAUUCAUCGAAAAAGUUUAACUGCAAUGUACUUGGAAAAGCAAAAUUUGGAAAAGGAAGCAGAUAUGAUGGAUGAGUCACAAGAAGGAUCAUGGAAGAAUGAAUUUUCAAAUGUUAGAAAUACUAAGGACGAAGGACCAGUACGACAGUCAUUGCUUAGUUUAGUUAUGGACGAAGAUGUUCCAGAAUUAAUGGAAGCAAUGGCUGAAAAGUUAGAAUUCGUAUUUGAAGAUCUCACGCCAUCUGUAUCCACUGCUAGCGAAGGAAUAUUGCGCAAUUCAGCGAAACGUACACGUUCACGUUCACGUCCAAGGGAAGCAAAGCUAGGAUUUCAUUCUUCGUCACCAACAGUUUUCACAUAUCCAAAUGAAGAAUCAGCUGUUGAAAAAGCACAAUGGGAUGAAGGAGAACAGAUCACUUUUACUGUUUAUCGAGAACUCUGCCAAGGAAAAAAAGAACACUCAAUGGAGGAAACUAACAAAUUUCAUCAAAGUUUUGUAAAGCCAUCACAAAUAACUGCAAGUAAUACAGAAUUAUCAUUUAUAAGAACAGCAACAUUAAUGGAGGAACCAUCAAUGGCGGAAAGUUUACUAGGUGUCACGGGUCGUAUCUCAUACAACAGUACUCCCAUUGAUUUAGCUCGAUUUAAUAAAAAUACAGCAGUAUCAUUGAUAGCCGGUAAAUGA